GGGCCGGGCGGCGCCGCCAUUUUGUGAGUCUAUAACACGGAGCGGUCUCGCUCGUCCCGCUAUUGCGGCGCCUCCACUCCGCUCCCGACGGGUCGUCUGCGUGUGCAAUGGACGGCAUUGUCCAAGAUAUAACAGUUGGUACAAAGCGGGCAGCUGAGGAGCUUUUCUCUCCUUGUGUUACUACUAACGGACCCUUUAUCAUGAGCAGCAACUCUCCUUCUGCAGCUAAUGGAAACGACAGCAAAAAGUUCAAAGGUGAUAACAGAAGUGCCGGGAUCCCAUCCCGAGUAAUCCACGUCCGCAAGCUCCCCAGUGACGUCACGGAGGCAGAGGUCAUUUCUCUGGGCUUACCCUUUGGCAAGGUCACCAAUCUUCUGAUGUUGAAAGGAAAAAACCAGGCUUUCAUAGAGAUGAACACAGAGGAGACAGCCAACACCAUGGUGAACUACUACACCACAGUCACUCCGGUGCUCCGGAGCCAGCCCAUCUACAUCCAGUUCUCCAACCACAAGGAGCUGAAGACAGACAACUCUCCAAACCAAGCACGUGCCCAAGCAGCUCUGCAAGCCGUGACCCAGGUGCAGGCUGGGGCUGUGGCGCUGGCCGCCACGGCUGCGGCCGUCGAUGCAGGCAUGGCAAUCACUGGCCAGAGCCCUGUCCUGAGGAUCAUUGUGGAGAAUCUCUUCUACCCUGUCACUCUGGAUGUUCUGCACCAGAUCUUUUCCAAAUAUGGUACAGUCUUGAAAAUCAUCACAUUCACGAAGAACCACCAGUUUCAGGCCCUGUUGCAAUAUGCUGACCCCAUGAGUGCUCAGCAUGCCAAACUGUCUCUGGAUGGCCAGAACAUCUACAACGCCUGCUGCACGCUGCGCAUCGACUUCUCCAAGCUCACCAGCCUCAAUGUAAAGUACAACAAUGACAAGAGCAGGGACUACACCCGCCCUGACCUGCCCUCUGGGGACAGCCAGCCCACCCUGGACCAGACCAUGGCAGCUGCUUUUGGUGCCCCAGGAAUAAUCUCUCCUCCAUAUGCUGGAGCUGGCUUUCCUCCUACUUUUGCCAUUCCUCAGGCUACAGGCCUGACAGUUCCAAGUGUUCCUGGAGCACUUGCUCCUUUGGCUAUUCCAGCAGCAGCUGCGGCGGCUGCAGCAGGGCGGAUUGCCAUUCCCGGCCUGUCUGGGACAGGGCACUCCGUGCUGCUGGUUAGCAAUCUGAUCCCAGAGAGAGUUACACCCCAAUGCCUCUUUAUUCUUUUCGGAGUCUAUGGUGAUGUGCAGAGGGUGAAGAUUUUAUUUAAUAAGAAAGAUAAUGCCCUGGUUCAGAUGGCCGAUGGGAAUCAGGCCCAGCUUGCCAUGAGCCACUUGAAUGGGCAGAAGCUCCACGGGAAGCCCAUCCGUAUCACGCUGUCCAAGCACCAGACAGUGCAGCUGCCCCGCGAGAACCAGGAGGACCACGGCCUCACCAAGGACUAUGGCACUUCUCCUCUACAUCGUUUCAAGAAACCAGGCUCCAAAAAUUUCCAGAACAUCUUUCCUCCUUCUGCCACUCUUCAUCUGUCCAAUAUUCCACCUUCAGUAACUGAAGAAGAUCUUAAGUUGUUAUUUUCAAGCAAUGGUGGGAUGGUCAAAGGAUUCAAAUUUUUCCAGAAGGACCGUAAAAUGGCUCUGAUCCAGAUGGGCUCUGUGGAAGAAGCCAUUCAGUCCCUCAUUGACCUCCACAAUCAUGACCUGGGGGAGAACCAUCACCUGCGUGUGUCCUUCUCCAAGUCCACCAUUUAGAGCUUGGGAAGGCCUGAGUAAAAAUGGACUUGACUUAAAACCUCUGGGGUUCAGCCUUGACCUUAAAAAGGCUGGACACCAGGGUUUCAACUUCCAUCAUUCCAGAAAAAAAAAAAAAAGCCACUUUAAAAAUGCAGCUGAAGUGACCUUAAAAGACCAGAGAUUUUAUUUUUUUAAAGAGAAAUCAGUUUACCGGUUUUUAAAAAAAAAAAAUAAGAAAAUUAAUUCCUCUUGCUAACCUUGCGGUGAUGGGUAACAAUCUUGACUGUUCCAAUAAAAAUCACAAGUUCAAGUUUA